UAAAAAAAUUCAACCGAGCUGGGUCCGGAGCCUAGCCCCGCCCGGGCCCCACUUCCAGCACCCCUCUCCUCCACCAUUUCUGGUACCUCUCUCGCUUCUCCUUCUCAUUGGUUUUUCUCUCCUUCUCGCUUGGGGGGUGCUGCCUCCGUAUAGGAGCGAAUCUAGAGACAGAUAGAUGGAUUCGAAGCCAUGGCUGUCCCCGGCUCCUACCUAUCGUAGCUUAGAGACCUAUUGGGAUACCGACGACGACGCCCCUGGUCCCCGGUGUAGUCACACGCUCACCGCCGUCGCCGCCACCAAAUCCCUAGGCCCCCGCCUCAUCCUCUUCGGCGGCGCCACUGCCAUCGAAGGCGGCGCAUCCUCCUCCGCCCCUGGCAUCAGGUUAGCCGGUGUGACCAAUUCGGUUCAUUCUUACGAUGUUCUCACCAGGAAAUGGACCAGAAUUAGGCCGGCCGGCGAGCCUCCUUCACCUCGGGCUGCGCACGCAGCGACUGCAGUUGGUACUAUGGUCGUUUUUCAGGGUGGGAUAGGUCCUGCUGGGCAUUCUACAGAUGACCUAUACGUGCUGGACUUGACGAAUGACAAGUUUAAGUGGCACAGAGUGGUCGUACAAGGACAGGGACCUGGACCUCGCUACGGGCAUGUAAUGGACUUGGUUGCUCAAAGAUACCUUGUCACUGUCAGUGGCAAUGACGGAAAAAGAGCUCUGUCUGAUGCUUGGGCUUUGGAUACUGCCCAGAAACCUUAUGCAUGGCAGAGGCUGAGCCCGGAAGGUGAUAGACCUUCUGCUAGAAUGUAUGCUACAGCUAGUGCCCGUUCAGAUGGCAUGUUUUUGUUGUGUGGUGGAAGAGACUCUACUGGCACGCCACUCGCAGAUGCUUAUGGGCUGCUCAUGCAUAGGAAUGGUCAGUGGGAAUGGACUCUUGCACCAGGUGUAUCUCCUUCACCAAGGUAUCAACAUGCUGCGGUUUUUGUUGGUGCACGAUUGCAUGUUACAGGAGGUGCUCUCAGAGGAGGACGUGGAGUGGAAGGUGAAGCAACUGUUGCAGUAUUGGACACCGCUGCUGGAAUUUGGUUAGAUAGAAGUGGGCUGGUCACCUCUUCACGCACAAGCAAGGGACAAACUGAAUAUGAUCCUUUUUUGGAGCUUAUGCGUCGUUGUCGCCAUGCAGCUGCAUCUGUUGGUGUUCGAAUAUACAUCUAUGGUGGUCUCAAGGGAGAUGUGCUGUUGGAUGAUUUUCUGGUUGCAGAAAAUUCACCUUAUCAGCCUGACAUUAAUUCUCCUGCAAUAACAUCUGAGAGAGCUCCACCAGUAACAAGUACCAAAGUGAAUCAAUCUAGUAUGAUUCCUUUUGAGACAACACCAACUUUGGAUGGUGGAGCAGAGAUUCUUUCAUUGGGUGGCAUGAGCAUGGACAAAAAUUCUAUGGAGAAACUGAGGGAGGCUUCUGCUGCUGAAGCAGAAGCAGCUAGUGCUGUCUGGCAAGCUGUGCAGGCUGCAUCUGCUGAAGAGACAUCUGUCUCGGAUGACAACUCUCAAGCAACAGAAACAAUUUCAGAUGGUAGUGAUACUGAGGCAGAUGUUCGUCUUCAUCCAAGAGCUGUUGUAGUUGCUAAAGAGGCUGUCGGUAACCUGGGUGGGAUGGUAAGACAGUUAUCUUUGGAUCAGUUUGAGAAUGAGAGCAGACGAAUGAUUCCAUUGAACAAUGACCUUUCAUACCCUACUAAAAAGUUCGCCAGACAGAAGUCUCCUCAGGGCUUACAUAAGAAGAUUAUUUACACAUUGCUCAGGCCUCGGAACUGGAAAGCUCCUCCAAAUAGGAGGUUCUUUCUGGAUUCUUAUGAAGUGGGUGAGCUCUGUUAUGCUGCUGAACAGAUCUUUAUGCAUGAGCCAACAGUUCUUCAGCUGAAAGCGCCUGUUAAGGUAUUUGGUGAUCUUCAUGGACAAUUUGGCGAUUUAAUGCGGCUAUUUGAUGAAUAUGGAUUUCCUUCCACUGCAGGAGACAUAACGUAUAUAGACUACUUGUUUUUGGGAGACUAUGUUGAUCGAGGACAGCAUAGCUUGGAGACCAUAACUUUGCUCCUAGCUCUUAAGAUAGAGUAUCCUGAGAAUGUCCACUUAAUACGUGGAAACCAUGAGGCAGCUGACAUAAAUGCUCUCUUUGGUUUUCGCCUUGAAUGCAUUGAGAGAAUGGGAGAGAAUGAUGGAAUAUGGGCAUGGACACGAUUUAAUCAGCUAUUCAACUGUCUUCCACUUGCUGCACUUAUUGAGAAGAAAAUUAUCUGUAUGCAUGGUGGCAUUGGGAGGUCUAUACAUUCAGUAGAACAGAUAGAGAAGCUUGAAAGACCUAUAACAAUGGAUGCUGGAUCUAUAAUCUUGAUGGAUCUCCUAUGGUCUGAUCCUACAGAAAAUGAUAGUGUGGAGGGUUUAAGACCAAAUGCUAGAGGGCCUGGUCUUGUCACUUUUGGGCCUGAUCGUGUCACAGAUUUCUGUAAGAAGAACAAAUUACAGCUCAUUAUAAGGGCCCAUGAAUGUGUCAUGGAUGGUUUUGAACGGUUUGCUCAGGGACAGUUGAUAACCCUUUUUUCUGCAACGAACUAUUGUGGGACGGCAAACAAUGCUGGAGCUAUAUUGGUAGUUGGCAGGGGGUUGGUUGUGGUUCCAAAAUUAAUCCAUCCCUUACCACCACCACUUCAGUCUCCAGAGACAUCUCCUGAACAUGUCAUUGAGGACACGUGGAUGCAGGAGCUUAACAUUCAAAGACCACCAACUCCUACUCGUGGUCGACCACAGCCUGACCUUGACCGGAGCUCACUUGCAUAUAUAUAAUGUUACCUGACAAAGUUGUGUAAUUUACAACAUGUCAGAGUGCCAAUUAUGCACGUCUCUGACAGGUUUGACCCACACAGGAUCAGAUAAGUUUUCCAACCAUGGCGGAUAUGCUAUGUUCCUAUUGUAUUUUGAAAAUAUGAGUUGCAGAAGAUAAAUCAUUGUCUAUUGUUCACAUAGCUCGAGAAUGGUAGAAGCUGUAGCAGUUAGCCAAUUGUCUAUUGAAAAUAUGCUGUCUAUUGCUCAUAGUCUCCAGGUUUGUCAUAUAUGUACAAUUUAGAAUGUGAAGAGGCUGCAGCCACCAUACAGAGAACUUAUAGGGAGAGUUUGUUUAGCAACCGUGUAUUGUAAUAUAAACUAUAAUAUACAAGUAAUUCCUUUAUAGCGUGUAA